AGCCCGAGCCCGAGCCCGUGCCGAGAGCUUUUGGAACAGCACACACAGCAGCCAUGGCACCAUCCUGGGUGGCUCCCGUGGGCCUCACUCUGGUGCCCAGCCUGGGGGGUUUCGUGGGUGCCUACUUUGUGCGCGGUGAGGGCCUCCGUUGGUAUUCCAGCCUGCAGAAGCCUGCAUGGCACCCACCCCGCUGGGCGCUGGCUCCCAUCUGGGGCACACUCUACUCGGCCAUGGGGUAUGGCUCCUACAUGGUCUGGAAAGAGCUAGGAGGUUUCACAGAAGAGGCCGUGGUUCCCCUGGGUCUCUACGCUGGACAGUUGGCCUUGAACUGGACAUGGCCCCCCAUCUUCUUUGGCGCCCGACAAAUGGGUUGGGCCCUGGUGGACCUCCUGCUGAUCACUGGGGCGGCCACAGCCACGACCUUGGCCUGGCACCGGGUGAGCCCACCUGCUGCCCGCCUGCUCUACCCCUACCUGGCCUGGCUGGCCUUUGCAACCACGCUCAAUUACUGCGUAUGGCGGGAUAACCGUGGCUGGCGUGGUGGCCGACGGCUCCCAGAGUGAAGAUGUCCAGCCUGCAGAGACUUCAGCCACUGCCCGCCAGGUGCCAUGGCUGGUGGCGAUCACCACACUUUCAGGGCCGCCAGGCCUGCUGGUCUGUGUGGGUCUUGGCCGGGGGUCGCCCUGCUCAGGUGCUGCAUCCUGCACCUGUGUACCGCUCAGAGCACGCUCCCAGACCAUGGCGUUUUAUAAGCAAAUAAAGUUCUAACUACCUGU